UUGCAUUGGUUGCGCAUCUGGGGCAAGCUACAGCCCGUACUCAGGUGUGCCUCCCUUACGCGUCGUGUCGUGCACAGAGCGCACAAAAUUCGCAGCCAGCAGACUGGUGGAGAGCAUCGCCGCCUACUUGUCGCACGAAGUGCAUGCGCACGGCUCGCGUCGCACUUCUCGUCGUCAGCGUCAUGGCCGCGCUCGAACCCGAAGACGUCCUCGGCGACGGUUCCGUGCUCAAGACCAUCGUAAGGGCGGGCUCCGGCGGCAAGCCGCGACCGGGGCAAGUCGCGCGCCUGAAAUACGCGCUGCGCCUCGCCGACGAGACCGUUAUCGAGGAGGACGCCGCGCGGUCGAUCACGGUCGGUAACGAGGGCGACGGCUUGGAUUUGGGGGUGGCGGAGAUGCGCGUCGGGGAGCGGAGCCGCCUCGAGGUGCGUUUUGAUAGAGGUUUCGGCGAGGCGGGGCUGGGACGAAGGCGCGUGCCGCCGCGCGCGACGCUGUUCUACGACGUCGAGCUGCUGGCCGUCGCAGAUGAUGUGUCUUCAUCGAACGACGACCCGCUCGCGCUGCCCGCCAGCGAUGGUGCUCAAAGUGUGACCGUCGGCGGCGAAGCCGUCGCGAUGGAGGAGCUGGGGCCCAUCGUCAUCAACACGGACGGGACGACGGCGCGCAUCACGAACUGGCCGGAGAUGACGCCGGCGGAGCAAGAAAAGACGCGCCGCGUCAUCGUCGCGCGCAACGCGAAGCGCCUCGCGAAGCUCGAGGCGGCCCGCGAGCUGUGA